ACACCGCCCGUUAUUGUUCCUCUUCGGCGUGAUCAAGGCUCGCUCCACCUGGCCCCCUGCGACAUAAUUCCCAGAGCCUGAGAAAGAAUUUCCCCCAUACGUGCCACAGUUAUACCUCUCUCUCUAUUUUGAGUGUGUAUCCUGCGGAAUCGCCUUCAUACAAAGCAAGAUGUCGGGCAAUUCUAAUAUGUUUAUGUACUCGCUGACUGUACUCCAACCUUCGGCCAUAACCCAAGCAAUACUUGGAGCGUUCAGUGGAAAGAAGCAGCAGGAAAUAAUCGUUGCCCAGGGAUCCCGCUUAUCGUUAUUACGACCCGAUGCGGCGCAGGGAAAAGUGCAUUCAGUUCUCACGAUUGAAGUGUUUGGAAUCAUUCGAUGUUUGGCGGCGUUCAGAUUAGCUGGUAGCUCAAAAGGUAUGUCUGUGGCUUGCCCCCCAGCUUCUGCUUCCACUUUAUCUCUGCAGUUUAGUGAUUUUUGGAAGUUGUUUAAGGUCAGCGGAACACUAGCUGGAGGGCGGAGCUACCCACUCAUAGGUAGCGGCUAGGCAACUUUUGCUGACAAUUGCUUUUCUAGACUAUGUGAUUGUCGGGUCCGAUUCUGGUCGUAUUACUAUUCUCGAGUACCAGCCACAAGUUAAUAGGUUCCACCGACUGCAUCUCGAAACUUUCGGAAAGUCUGGUGUUCGCCGUGUUAUUCCAGGGCAGUUUCUUGCGUGCGAUCCAAAGGGGAGGGCGUGCCUUAUCUCUUCGGUAGAGAAGAAUAAACUCGUCUAUGUCCUCAAUCGCAAUGCUCAGGCGGAACUGACGAUUUCCAGUCCUUUAGAGGCACACAAACCUCAUUGUCUUGUAUUUGCACUUGUAGCCCUGGACGUCGGAUAUGAUAACCCGGUGUUUGCAGCGCUCGAGGUUGAUUACGGAGAGUCAGACCAGGAUGCUACAGGGUUUGCCUAUGAGAGCAUUGAGAAAAUGCUAGUCUACUACGAGCUUGAUUUGGGGCUCAAUCAUGUGGUGCGAAAGUGGUCGGAUACUGUGGACCGGUCUGCCAAUAUCCUUUUCCAGGUACCGGGUGGCACAGACGGGCCUUCAGGUGUUUUAGUAUGUGCAGAGGAUAGUAUAUACUACCGUCAUAUGGGGAGAUCGACCCACAGAGUGCCCAUACCUAGGCGUCGAGGAGCAUGCGAAGACCCUAAUAGAAGAAGGACUAUUGUCUCAGGUGUCAUGCAUAAGAUGAGGGGUGCAUUUUUUUUCCUGUUACAAACAGAAGAUGGUGAUUUGCUCAAAGUAACCCUGGAUUAUGAUGAUGAAUCCGGUGUUUCACGAAUAAAAGUGAAAUACUUUGAUACUGUCCCUAUUGCUUCGAGCCUGUGCAUCUUGAAGAGUGGAUUCCUCUUCGUGGCCUCGGAAGGAGGCAACCAGUAAGUCUGAUUCCUACGCCUCCUUAUGAAUAACAUUUUCUUACAUUUCGCCUAGCCAUUUUUAUCAAUUUGAAAAACUGGGAGACGAUGAUGAUGAGAUUGAGUUCUCGAGUGAUAGUUUCUCACCGGAUCCACUUGACAGAACUGGUCCUAUAUAUUUCCACCCACGUGCCCCAGAGAACUUGUCGCUUGUUGAGGCCAUCGAUAGCAUGAAUCCUUUGGUUGACUGCAAAAUUGCCAACUUGACUGACGAUGAUGCGCCCCAAAUAUAUACUGUUUGUGGAUCCGGCCCACGAUCUACUUUCCGGACCUUGAAGCAUGGUCUCGAAACCACAGAGAUUGUCUCAUCCGAACUGCCCGGUGUGCCCAGCGCCGUGUGGACCACAAAGCUUACAAACGGUGACGAGUUCGAUGCCUACAUUGUCUUAUCGUUCACCAACGGGACGCUGGUACUCAGUAUUGGGGAGACGGUGGAAGAGGUUACCGACACUGGUUUCUUAUCAUCCGCUCCAACACUCGCAGUUCAGCAAUUGGGCGAGGAUGCGUUACUUCAGGUCCAUCCCAAGGGAAUUCGUCACAUUAGGGCAGAUAGGAGAGUCAAUGAAUGGCCAGCACCUCAGCACAGGUCUAUUGUUGCGGCUUCUACAAACUCCCGACAGGUUGCCGUGGCUCUAUCCAGCGGAGAGAUCGUGUAUUUUGAGAUGGACAAUGAUGGGCAGUUGGCAGAAUAUGAGGAGAAGAAAGAGAUGUCGGGAACAGUCACCUGUCUCUCGCUCGGAGAGGUUCCGGAAGGGAGGAUGCGGAGUUCCUUUUUGGCGGUUGGCUGUGAUGAUGCUACCGUUCGAAUACUCUCACUAGAUCCUGAUUCUACUUUGGAAUCAAAAUCUGUUCAAGCCCUUACCUCUGCGCCUUCAUCAUUAUGCAUCAUGUCUAUGCCUGACUCCGCAUCGGAGACAUCUCGCUCCUCAACGUUAUAUCUGCACAUUGGUCUUUAUAGUGGUGUAUACCUCAGAACAGUGCUCGACACAGUAACCGGAGAGUUGACAGAUACUCGAACAAGGUUUUUGGGGCCCAAACCAGUCAAGAUAUUCAAAGUUGUUGCACAGGGGCUACCGUCGGUCCUCGCUUUAAGCAGUCGACCAUGGCUGGGAUAUAGUGAUGCAAGAGGUCAAUUUAUGCUUACACCCCUAACGUACCCUAUGCUAGAAUGGGGCUGGACAUUCAGCAGUGAGCAGUGUCCGGAGGGGAUGGUGGGAAUUCAGGGACAGAAUCUGAGGUGAGCCCAAUGUUUUCCCACAGUAGUGCGGCUUCGCGGAAUCUCUGAUGUAUGCUAACGAAUUGGUUAGAAUUUUUACUAUCGAGAAGCUCACGGACAAUCUCCAACAAGAAUCCAUCCCACUGUCAUACACCCCCCGGAAAAUGCUGAAACACCCUGAUCAACCUAUAUUUUAUGUUGUUGAGGCGGACGCCAACACGCUUUCCGUCGCUACCAAGCAGAAACUAUUGGACAGCGCCCAAAACGGCGACACCAACGAGCUCGCCCCAGUAGAGUUCGGUAACCCCCGUGGUGAAGGCCACUGGGCAUCCUGCAUCUCUGUCGUGGAUCCCGUUGGCAAAGAGGUGACCCAGCGGAUUGAACUUGAAGAGAACGAAGCCGCCUUCAGCAUCGCGGCAGUCAGCUUCUCCAGCCAGGAUGACGAAUGGUUCCUAGUAGUUGGCACAGGAAAGGAUACCCGCCUCUCCCCGCGCAAGUCCGCAAACGGUUACAUCCACAUCUACCGCUUCAUAAACGAUGGUAAGGAGCUAGAAUUCAUACAUAAGACAAAAGUAGACGAACCCCCUCUUGCCCUCCUAGGAUUCCAAGGCCGGCUGCUAGCAGGCAUCGGCAAAGAUUUAAAAAUCUACGAUUUAGGAAUGAAGCAACUCCUGCGCAAAGCUCAAGGCCAGGUCGCUCCAAACCUCAUUAAUGGUCUCCAGACACAGGGAUCGAGAAUCAUAGUCUCGGAUGUGCAGGAAUCGGUGACCUACGUGGUAUAUAAGUACCAGGACAAUCGUCUAAUUCCCUUUGCGGAUGACAUGAUCCCGCGCUUCACCACGUGUACUGCAAUGGUAGACUACGAGACUGUUGCGGGUGGUGACAGAUUCGGCAACUUUUGGAUCGUCCGCUGUCCACAAAAGGCCUCCGACGAAUCCGACGAGGACCCUGCCGGUGGACACCUUAUUCAUGAACGAUCAUACCUCCAAGGCGCCCCCAACCGGCUGAACCUAAUGUGCCACUUCUACCCCCAGGACAUCCCAACGAGUGUUCAGAAGGCACAAUUGGUGACCGGCGGCCGCGACACGCUUGUCUGGACCGGUCUCCAGGGAACAAUCGGCCUCAUGGUUCCUUUUGUCAGCCGCGAGGACGUGGACUUUUUCCAGACGCUGGAACAGCACAUGAGGACCGAAGACGCGCCCAUUGCUGGAAGGGAUCACCUAAUUUAUAGGAGUUACUACGUGCCCGUGAAGGGCGUCAUUGACGGGGAUUUGUGCGAAAAUUUCUCACUCUUGUCUAGGGAUAAGAAGGCCAUGAUUGCCGCGGAGUUGGAUAGGAGUGUCAGGGAGGUGGAGAGGAAGAUUGCUGUGAGUCACGCCCCCCCCCCCCCCCAGAUUGUUUGAGCCAGUGGACGGGUGCUAAUUAUUCGGUAGGAUAUGCGGAGUCGGGUUGCGUAUUAGUUUGGAGCGGUUGGUAUCAUCUCAAAAAAGUAGGAUAAAAUAAUAAGGCAGAUUGGAAAACACGAUGGAAUGUAUCCUAAAAAAAAAGCGGCAGGCAGGGGAGCGGAAAUUCCAAUCCUUUUGUUUGCGAUGUGUUAUUGCUAGCAUUGAAUGCCAUUGGGUUUUCCACAAUU